ACAAGAAUCUAAUCCAAUAUUUUAAUAAAAAUAUUGCAACUUCCAUAUCAUACACCAAUAGACCAAUGUUUUUCUUCCUUCCUCUGUCUAAUUUCAACGUAUAGACCGCCCUUCUUGUUACCAUUUUCUCAAUGAUUCUCAACCAACACAUACUAUAAAUAAACCCAUUUCUUCUCCUUUUCAUACUCAUUCAAUAAUUGGCAUAUUUUGCCAUUUUCCCUUCACUUUUCUUUCAUUUUUCCAUACCCAAUAAAUUAUUGGAUCAAUGGUAGAAUCCUCAGAUUCUAUCCUUCCCUACAGCUAUGCACCAUUGGCUCCAAGCAAUAACUCAAAUGUCGUAACCGGGGCUGAAAAACUGACUAGGAGACGGUCUUUAAAGACCGGACUCCUCGUGUUUUCAGCCCUUUUGAUAUCAGCAUUGAUUAUGAGCUCGGUGGAUUUCAAUACCGAGCUCAAUGUUACGAAAAACGAGACUAAAAAAGUUGAUGAUCUAGCCUUAAGGCCGGCCCCACAGAAUCUGGCGGGGAUUGAAACCGUGCCCGGAUCAAAUGAGUUGUUGUUUAAGGUUACGCGUGGUAAGCCUAAUGGUGUGUCGGAAAAGGCUAAUGGGUUUCCAAUGCGUGGCCUUAGUCUGCCUGUUUUUGAUUGGAAUGAUCUUCAAUUGUCUUGGCAGAGAACUGCUUUUCAUUUUCAGCCUCAAAAAAAUUGGAUGAAUGAUCCAAACGGUCCAUUAUACUACAAUGGAAGGUACCACUUCUUCUACCAGUACAAUCCUGCAGGUGCAGUUUGGGGCAACAUUGUGUGGGGCCAUGCUGUGUCCAAGGAUCUUAUAAACUGGAAACACCUACCAAUAGCCAUGGUUGCUGACCAGUGGUACGACUUCAACGGCGUGUGGACGGGUUCGGCCACCAUCUUACCCGAUGGUCAAAUCAUGAUGCUCUACACUGGCUCAACCAAUGAAUCAGUCCAAGUCCAAAAUCUAGCCUACCCUGCUGAUUUAUCUGAUCCACUUCUCCAAAAAUGGGUCAAAUACACAGGUAACCCGGUCCUUGUUCCCCCUCCAGGGAUCGACAAAUUGGAUUUUCGAGAUCCUACCACUGCGUGGCUCACCUCUGAGGGAAAAUGGAGGUUGACAAUCGGGUCUAAGGUCAACAAAACCGGCAUUUCUCUUUUGUAUGACACCACUGAUUUUAAGCAUUAUGAGCUCUUAAGCAACAUUCUUCAUGCUGUGCCUGGUACCGGUAUGUGGGAAUGUGUCGACUUUUAUCCUGUAUCGAAGGCAGAGCCCAAUGGGGUUGAUACUUCCAUUAACAACCCAUUAGUGAAACAUGUGUUUAAAGCGAGUAUGGAUGAUGAUAGGAAUGAUUAUUACGCGUUAGGUACUUAUCAUGAAGAUACAGGUACAUGGGUCCCGGAUAAUGCUGCCAUUGAUGUUGGUUAUGGACUGAGAUAUGAUUACGGAAGGUUUUAUGCUUCCAAGACAUUUUAUGAUAAAGAAAAGAAGAGACGGAUCUUGUGGGGUUGGAUCACCGAAGCUGAUAGUGAAGCGGCUGAUGUUAAAAAAGGAUGGGCUUCUCUUCAGGCACUUCCAAGAACUGUGUUGUAUGACCAAAAGACUAAAGCCAAUUUAGUUCAAUGGCCGGUGGAGGAAGUUGAAACGCUGAGGAAAAACGUCAAGGAAUUCGACAAGGUAGAAGUUCCUGCAGGAUCAGUUUUGCACUUGGACGUCAGCUCAGCCACCGAGAUUGAUAUAGUGGCUGAAUUUGACAUAGAAAAAGAGGCAUUGGAAAAGUUACCAGUUUCAGAAGAGAAUUUUAGCUGCCCGGCUAGCAAGGGAGCUUCUCAGCGAGGUGCUCUUGGACCAUUCGGUCUUCUGGUUCUUGCUGAUGAUCAGCUGUCCGAACAGACUCCUGUUUAUUUCUAUGUUAUUAAAACCUCCCAUACCAGCUUCAAGAACUUCUUCUGCACGGAUUUAUCUAGGUCAUCAAUUGCACCCGAUGUAGUCAAAGACAUCUAUGGUAGCGAUGUUCCUGUUCUCAACAAUGAAAAACUAUCCAUGAGAGCUUUGGUUGAUCAUUCAAUCAUAGAAGCGUUUGCACAAGGCGGAAGAACCUGCAUUACAUCUCGGGUUUAUCCAACAAAGGCGAUAUACAGAGAUGCUAAGCUAUAUUUGUUUAACAAUGCAACCGCAGCAAGUGUAACAGCAUCCGUCAAAACAUGGCAAAUGAGCACUGCAUGAUUCAUGGAGAUAUAAAUGAAGAAAAAAAGGGAAAAUGAGUUUGCUAUUCAUUUGAUGGAAGAGGAUGAGCAAAGGGAGUGAAGUGGAGUUGAGUUGAUAACAAAUUAUUCAUACUAGGUCAUGGCAUGCAAUGCCAUCAUCCAUGGCAUGCUAUGUCAUGAUCCAUAUAUACCAUGUCAUGUCAUGGCAUGACAUGCCAUUAAUUAUUCAUUUUUGGGGAAAGAAAAGGAAAUUAACAAAAAAGAUGAGGUCAUUUGUCAAGCAUGAUGUAUGUAUACACCUAUUGCUCAAUCCCUUUGAUCAGUUCAUUGUAUUGAAGUUCAUUCAUUCAUUCAUUCAUUAUGUAUACCAUUGGUUAAGAGGUUUUUGGUGUUAAUGAAAUAUCAUUGUUUUUGCAGAUGCUGC